AGUAACAGCCGAGUUUUACUGUUCGGCGCACGUGGUUCUGAGCAAACGCUGAACGUAGAAUUACUGUAUUUCUUGAAUAUAUUGUGUCAUCUGGAUUUAUCGAGCAAAAAGGCGGGAAAGUGAAAAUGAAGCUGAAGACCGACCUCUUAGUCCAGCCCUCGGGUGAGAUUUCAAAGAAGAUCCGUGAAGAGCUUAAAGAAGACAUUAACACCCGUUAUAAAGAUUUGGCAGCGAUAAAAGAGUGGCUCAGAAAGCAACCGCAUUUGCCUGAUGAAUGGGAGGAUAUGCCGCUAAUAACGUUCCUUCGUGGUAGCAGUUUCUCCCUAGAGAAAUGCAAAAGAAAAUUGGACAUGUAUUUCACAAUGCGCGCAGCGUGUCCCGAAUUUUUCUCAAAUCGAGAUGCGACUAGUCCUGAGUUGAGGGAGAUCUUAAACGGCAAAUUGCAAGGUCCACCACUCCCUGGAGUUACACCGAACGGAAGAAGAGUUACCAUUUGUCGAGGCAUACACCCAAGUCUUGACGGUCAACAAAUCACCGAUACACUGAAGCUGGCACUUAUGAUCGGUGACAUCCGCCUGAGCGAAGAAGUGGAAGGCGUUGCUGGCGACAUCUACGUACUGGACGCAGCAGUGCUUGGUCCCAGUCUUCUAGCUCGACUUUCUCCCGCGGUUAUUAAGAAAUUUAUGAUUUGCGUACAGGAGGCCUAUCCCGUCAAGCUGAAAGAAGUACACAUAAUAAAUACAUCUCCUAUCGUAGAAAAAUUCGUAACCUUUGUUAAACCUUUCCUAAAGGAUAAGAUCAAAAAGAGGAUCUUUAUUCAUAAAGAAUUAAAGGAUUUGUACAAGUAUGUUCCUCAAGAAAUGAUGCCGAAGGAAUACGGUGGUCAGUGCGGUACCAUGGAGGAACUUCAAGAUCAGUGGACACAGAAGCUAAUAGACUACCGUGAAUGGUUCCAAUCCCAGGAGUCAGUUAAGGCUAAUGAAAGCCUUAGACCUGGAAAACCAACUAACUACGACGAACUCUUCGGUAUAGAUGGCUCAUUUAGGCAAUUGGCUAUUGAUUAAUUACUUGAUUUCAUGAUUUAAGGAUCUUAUUUUGUAAUUUUUGUCAUAGACUAAUUUAAGUUAGUGAAUCCUGUCGAAAUCAAAUCCUCAGAUCAAGAAAGAAAGAUAUAUAGAGACCGCGCUUUAUUUCUUGCUUACUUACACCAACAUGUUUCUUCUUUAUUCUUUAACUUCCCGUAAAAGUCCACCGUUGGAUGCACACAUAUGCACCUAUGCAAAUGAUUUUGUAUGCAUGUGCGCAGUGUGCAUGUUGUUAGUUAAAUAUGGUUUCAGCUUGGUUUCUUUCGUCACUUAAAGUGUACGUAGUAUUUUAUCAAUUUUUUAUUGGUCAUGAUCCUGAUCCUUAAGUUAAAUAACAAAAGAAUAUAAAGUAGAAUCUAAGAAAUUAUAAACUUUGCUUUCAAUCGCGUUUAUUGUGAAUAUUCGUAAUAAUAACUGUGGUUGUAGGUAUUGUUAAAAUGAAGUUAUUGCUGCUUGAUUUUUAUAUUAAUGUUGUUGAAUUCGCCAGUAUUAUGAAAUAUUAAUGUUCAUGUGUUGUUACUAAAUUACGAGUCAAGGUUUAAUCAAUGAUAUUUAAUUUAUAUAACUUUCUAUAUAAUUUCGGCGUACUUUGUAUUAUGAUUUAUGAGGAGCUAAAUUUUGUAAUACUUUUUUAACUAAAAUAAUAAUUUUCGGAUUAUAUUUUUAGAGAAAACACAUUUUAUGCACAUAAGAAACACCAUGUGCAUAAAAUGUGUACCAUGGAAUAAAAUUCUAAAAAUUUUUUCUGCACAUUUUGUAAUAGCUUGAAAAUAAGAUUUCAAUUUCACAAACUCAAUGGCAUUUAGAAAAAUAAUUUGUAUCUAUUCAAUAAAAUGUAGGCUUUACACGUAAUGUUUUUGAAUUAUCUUUUAUUCGAAAAUCAAAUGUGAUAAGGAAUAGAUUAGGCUAGUUAUCUAAUUUACUAUUUUAAUAAUAAUUUCUUGACUUAGGCCUUCUCUCUACCUCUUAUAUGAUUCUUUUUAAAUCGAUUGCUAAAAAAGUAAUAAAUUUAGACCAAAUUCACAUUAGUCUAAGAAUAUACUUAGAAUUUUAAUCCAUAUAGUUUUCUAUAGUAAAAUGCCAAUAUUAAUAAAACAUUUCAUGAAAUUUGCUUUUAGACAUAGAAUUUUAAAUCGGGCAAUUUUAUGAUAUCCUUUUGUUUAUAAUAAAGAAUUUCUGAAUGCAAAUUUAAUUUAUAGUAAGUAUAAUAUACUUUCUUUAUAAGAAUAGUUAGUUAAAAAUGUUUCGUUUAUGAAAUAAAGAGAAAGGUGAUAGUACAGCUCUUUUCAUUUAUAAUAGAAUAAACCUACAUUUCUAGUCAUGGCGAAGGUCGAAUCAGAAUGAGGGCUUCCACGACUUUUCUGCCACCAGGGCGGCGACACUUAAAAGUGAGGUAUUAUAUUCGACAGAUUUCAUAGCGGGAAAGUAAAUUUUUUCGAAAAAUGUAAAGGGUAAUAUUUGUUUCUGCAAUAUUAGCUAUAUUUUAUAUUAAAAAGAUUAAAGAUAAAUAAACCAAAUCACAGAUAUUCAUAAAAGCAGAUUUUUUU